UACUGCUGGGAAAGCUGCAGUGGGCUGUGCUUGGCUGGUGCUGCUGGGAAGGCUGUACCGCGCAGUGGCCCUUGUCAGCGCGCAGUAGUCUGUUGCUAGUGCGUUGUACAGCAUUAGUAGCUGUCAAGGGGGGCACGAUCUGAAUGAUUCACACGCCGACUUUCUCCGUGACGAGUCACGAUUGCCCGUCACGGUGACGGCGGGCACGGGGUGUAACAUCUGUCGCGCAUGUAACGCCGCCGCGGCGUGCGACGCACAGCUGCUUCUGGUACUGCCUCUGGUACGAGACUACGCCGUCUACAUUGUACGUCUGGUAGUAGACGAACCGGGAUCGCUGGCAACGGCACAGCUGGUGCCACGGCGCGCCACGCGUGACGCGGCUUCGUGUCUGCGGCGUCGGAACUCGCGGCGCCGUGCUCGCAUCGAGCUAAUUUGACGAGCGCUUAUUGCGGCGCCCGAUAUGCGUGCGAAUGGACUCGAAGUAGCCAGUAGCAAUAGCAGUAGAGGCAGCAGAAGCAGCAGCGAGAGCGAUAGCCCCGCUCGCCGGAGCACUGACACUACGACUAGCAGUACCGAUGGUCGACGCAUUGUCGCCUCGCGGCGUCUAUGGGAAGGGGAGCCGGCAGAGCAGCAGCAGAAGCAGCAGCAGCAGCAGAAACAGGAGAAGCAGCAGUUUUGGCACGGAAAGCGAUGGGAGCGUCGGAGACGGAGGCAGGUUCCAGGGGCGUGCUUGUUCCAGGGGCCACGGCAGCAGCAACUGAUGCUACUACGCAGCACGCUGGUGCUGCCUCUCGUGUGUCUCAUACUCUCUAGCACCGCGACUAACGGCCCUCACCUGCCCGCAGUUGUAUCACCACGCCACACCUCUGCUUCUGCUGGUGCUCCUGCUGGUGCUGCUGGUGCUGGUGGUGGUGACUGUGGUGCUACUGCCCGUGCCAGCAGCGGUGCUCCUGCUGCGUGGUUUGGUCCACUCCUUGCCUCCGCUGCUUCUAGUAGACAGCUCUCGCAGGCAGCGGGCAGUGAGGCGUGGAGGGCAACGUGGGCUGUGUCCGGGUGGAGCAGGAGGAGGAAAAAGUUCCCUCGGGAGGAGUCUCUGCGGGACGUGAAGCAGAAUCGCAGGGGAGUGGCGAACGCGGGCAUGGAAGACACCCUCAACUACUUUGACAAUGCGGCGGGACGGCCACAGCUCGCCACCUCCCCCUUCUCUACUCGCGCCUCCACCUCUCCCUUCGCCCUGCUCUCCUCGUCUUCCCCCUCCUCCCUUCCGCUACCACCACCAAGCACAACCGCAGCAGCAACAGCAGGGGCAGCAGCAGCAGCGAGUGCCCCGGCUGCGUCCCCGCGCCCUCAACGAUUCAAUGCCACCUUGCAGGCGCUGUCCGUGCACGGGAGUCCGUUUCUGACAGAGGUGGAGGUGGGGUCCAGCAAGCAACGGUUCACGGCGCUGGUGGACACGGCCACGGACCUCUUCUGGCUGCCCUGCAACUGCAUCCAGUGCGCCAACGCCAGCUCCGUCGCUGCCGUCCCGGUGAGCCCGCCCUACGACCCGACUCUCUCCAGCUCCUCGCAGUCCAUCUUCUGCCGCUCGCCCUCCUGCUCGUCCUUUGCUGCGGCCGACAAGACUGCCUCCGUGGGCUGCCUCGUGUCCUCAGCGCUGCCAGCGCCCGACCCCCUGUGCCAGUACGCCGCCACGUACACGGGGCCCGAGGGCGGCAGCGUGGGGAACCUUGUGCGGGAUGCGCUGCAUGCUGCUGUGGCGGUUGGUAGCCGCGCUGCUGCCAAUGUGACCUUCGGGUGUGGGCGGUACCAGACGGGCUUUCUGGCGGGCACGAGCGUGGCACCCGAGGGCGUGUUUGGCAUGGGGCGGGGGGCGCUGUCACCUCUCUCACAACUGGCGGCGCAGGGCCUCAUGAGCAACGCCUUCUCUCUCUGCAUGGAGGGGGACGCGGGGGCCAGAGCUGCGGCGCAGGGGGCAGGGGCAGGGGGGCGGCAGGGGGAGCGGCAGGGGGAGUGGCAGGGGGAGUGGCAGGGGAGUGGCAGGGGAGUGGCAGGGGGAGUGGCAGGGGGAGCGGUAGGGGGAGCGGCUGGGAAGCUGCUGAUGGGUGUUAGGGGGGUGCCUGCUGGCGCGCAGUCGACGGCUAUUGUGUCCAGUGAGCUAGAGCCCUUCUAUUUCAUCAACGUGACUGGGAUGGCAGUGGGCAACGCCACUCUCCCCCUGCCGCCCGCCACCUUUCCUCCCCUGAACGAGUCUGGCAACGGGGGCACCAUCCUCGACUCCUCUGCCUCGCUCACUGUGCUGCCCACCCAGGCCUACCAGGCCAUGGCCACUCAGUACCUGGUGGCGCUACCUCAGUUGAAGUACGACUAUGCUCUCAGCGACCAGCAGGGCGUCGACUGCCUCAACGCCUCCGCUUACGCUCAGCCAUCGGAGUCUGCCUUCAUGGCUCAGUUCCCGGCGCUCUCUCUCAUUCUGGCGGAUGGUGCUAUCUUCACCGUGCAGCCACCGGCCUACCUCUACUUAAUCAGUGCUGACGUCAUCUGUUUCGCCAUAACCCCCUCCCCUAACAGCAAUCAGCACACAAUAAUACCAGACUCAUGGCUCACCAACCGCUACAUGGUUUUCGACAACGAGGACAACAAGAUCUCCUGGCUCGAUACCAACUGCACCACUGGUUUCACUGACAUCGUUGACUCGCUCCCUCCUCCUGCUCCUCCUUCCCCUAAGCCCCCUCCUUCCCCCACUACCAACGCUCCUCCUCCUCCCAUUACCAACGGUCCUCCUUCCCCCGCUACCAACGCUCCUCCCUCCCCUCCCCUGUCCCCCAUUACCAACAAUCCUCCCUCCCCUCCCCCCUCCCCCACUACCAACGCUCCUCCCUCCCCUCCCCUUGCCCCCGCACCUCCCCUCGCCCCUCAGCCGCCCCCCUCGCCCUUCUCCCCGUCACCCUCUCUCACUCCAACCCCAUCUGAUUCCCCUCCGACCUACCCCUCCAUUGCUCCUUCCCCCUCCUCUCUCCCCUUCCCUCCUCUCCCCCUUCCCCUCUUCUCCCCCCUGGAGCCUCCGCCCCUUCUCCCUUUCCCCCCUCUCCCGCUGCUCCCCCAUUUCCGCACCACCACCCUUUGCCACAAGUCCCACGCUCCUGCCCCUCCCCCCAGCGCCCCUGCCCCUUCCCCCCCUGGACUACCUCCCCCACCGAUUUCACCACCAAUCACAGAACCCCCGUUCACACCCACCCCACCUCCCUCCUCUAUCGCUCCUCAGUACCCUCCCCAGUACCCUCCUCAGUACCCCCCUGCACUCCCUCCUUCUGCCAACAUCCCCCCCUCCUCUUCAUCCCCCUCCCCACCAGCUCUCCAACCCUCCCUCUCCCCUCCCUCUGCCUAUCCCUCCGCCUCCUCACCUUCCUCCCCUCCUUCCCCAUCCUCGUCCGCCCCUCCCUCUCCCCCAUCCCCCUCCGCCCCAUCCCCAUCGUCCCCUUCCUCCUGCAUGCCCUCCCCCUCCGCCUGCUCGUUCUUCUUCGAGGGCUUCCAGUCCCAACUCCCGACCUUUCAGCUUAACCCGUUGGAUGCAGUGGGGGACAUCCGCCUCUCCUCUGCGGAGCUGCGGGCGAGCGUGGGGGGGUAUGUGGCGCGCGUGAUGGCGGCCAACAGCGGGUCAGGGGCGGUGGUGUGUCCGGAGGAGCAGCGGGGGGAUGUGGGAGGGCAGCUCUACUUGACCGGACCUGACCUAAUGCAGCGCACAUUUCAGUCGCCCGACUCCCUCUUCGCCCUGGGGGGGGCGUACAUGCGGCUGGCGGUGACGAGCGCGCAGAUGGACCUGCUGGGGGAAACGUUCAACAUGAACCCGGGGGACGGCGACCCGGAGCUGCCAGAGGACUCUCGAUGCGUUGCCUUCAAGCUCGACCUGCCCUCGUGAUGCGCCUGAUGGUCAGGGUGGAUGGGGCGGAUGGGGCGGGGGGGAUGGGUUGCUGCAUCGAUCAGACUGGUGGUGGGGUGGUAACAGGAUGACUGGUGCGGUGACUUUGUGACGGCGGUGUGUCCGGUGGUCUCUGUUGCCUUGUCAGUGAUUUUGGGUCAUGGGUCAUGGGUCAUAUGGGUUUCGGGUUUAGGGUCAUGGGCCGUUCAUGGAGCGUUUGCGACCACUCUCCGUGCCUACGUGGUGCGGGUGGUGCUGUUGUCUCGGCUCUUGGCUCUCGGCUGUCGGUUGUCUGCUCUUGGCUAGCCAAGCGUAUCUGCACUCCUCGUGCAGUGCCUGGCUCAGAGGGCCACGCCGCCUGGGUUACGUUGCGCCUGGGUCUCGUCACGCUCCGUCCGGGCAUGGGUGGUUAGUUUGGGAAUAAAAUCCUACCUUCGGGUUUGUGGUGAUGCUGACUUUGGUUUGUCUAUUGACUCGCAAAUAUCCGUUCCUUACCAGUACCAAGUAAAUUUCGUUAUACGCA